AUGAUGUCUCCCAUCCCAAUGACACAUCUCAAUCUGACAGAAGAACAACAUCUCAAUAUGCCGUAUCUUCUACCACCGGAGCCAAUUCCAUGUGAAAUUUGUACAUAUCCCAGUCAUGGAUAUCAUUUCAAAGUGAUGUCUUGUAGAGCGUGUGCCGCAUUUUUCAGACGGUCCCUUCUUGCCAGGUUACGGUACAUUUGCAAAGGAAGAAUGAACGAUUGCCCAAUUGAUAGUACUGUACGCUAUUUUUGUAAAUUGUGUCGAUUUCAAAAAUGUCUCAAAGCUGGAAUGAACGCUGAUAAAAUUCAACAAAAUAGAGAUCCAAUCUCUUCAAAAGUUCCCGGAACUUCCAAUGAUUUCGAAGCUCCAAGUAUAGAUGAAUCUGUUAAAAAAUCGAUGUUCAAUGGUCCAUUAUACGAUUUCCAGACAUUUAUCGCUGAAAUUCGACAGAUUUUUUCUGAUAAAGAAAAUUUCGAUGAAAAGUUACCGCCACUUCGAGAAUUGGAAAAGGGUCUUAAAUUUAUAAGAAGAAAUCAAAAAAGGAUAGAUUUGAAGAUUUUGGAAGAAAUCAAUUUUGAAAUAAUCACUGAAACUCGGCUGAACGUCAUCAAAACAUCUGCCACGUGGCUCAUGUAUUCUGAAUUUUUUCGAGAAUUAAGUGAAAAAGAGAAGAUGUUGAUUCUGAAAACCACGUGGCACGUUUGGGGAAGACUGGAACUUUUGACGGUGUCUGUGGAGAUUUUGGGAGAGAAAGUCAGCAGGGAAAAGGUAGUCUUUGUUUCCAAAUCUCAUGCUGUCUACCUAGUAGAAGUAUUUCGAAAUAAUCUAAUGGAACUGGAUCCAAAGGAAGCUGAAGACGUCGACAAAGAACUUCAACCUCUAUUUUUCACUGUUUUCGAUGACGUGGCAAAAAAGUUGAGCAUCUUGAAACCGAAUCUCAUUGAGCAGGCCUAUCUCUUAUGGCAAAUGAUUUGGUGUGUAGCGGGUAAAAUUCUAUAUGAAUCUCAUUUGGAAGCCGGUGAACAAUUCCUGAAUUCUCUAUCAUCGGAUCUUCAUGACUUUUAUAAAAAUGAUCUUCGGAUUGUAAAAUACUCGGAACGUCUUCUUCAGAUGAUGUCAGUUAUUCGAAGUAUGCAGAAGACUUAUAUUGAUAUACAUCGAGUUAUUGAUCAUGCUCAUUCUUUUAGACAAGAUUUUGUCAUGAAAUAA